CAUGGAUGCCAAGGAUAUACAAUCAAAUCUUCAUGCUUUGAAAAGAUUAUAUGAGCUCCUAACAAAAGAUGGGGAUACAAUGCCAAGCACAGCUUCGGAUUUGCUGGAUGAACAGGCGCGGCAUCUGUUAAAGAAUCUGUUGGAUGCAGCAGCCAAAAAGGUCCUCACGGCACAUCUUGAGAUGAUUGCAGGUGAAGUGGAAGCACCACGGACAGUCUCUCAGCUGCAGCAACCAGAUGAGUUAUCGGAGGAACUACCCAUUCCACUCCCACAGUCGUCCAUAAUUGCAAAAGAUAAUUCUGAAGAACAGCUGAAUUGUAACAUAGAGAAAAAGGAGGAUGGAAUGGACUCCACAUUGUUGAAAGAAAAGAGAUUUAGUCCACAAUGGAAUCAAGCAGGCAGUAUGGAACAAUCAAUUCAGAGUGUGCUGGCUAGUGGACCUGAAUGUCGAAUGAAACGUUGCAGACUUUGUCAACGGAACACUGUAAAACAGCUUGGUACCAUAGAGGAGAUGCAAUUUUGCAAUGUGGCUAGAAAUGUAAACAGAUUUACUGAUAUGCAGCAUCAGCAGAACCGCGAAUCUGAUCUUUGUCUUUGGAACAGCAAGCUGAGAACCGAACCCUUAUUAAGUAAUAAGACGGAUGAGUCCGAGAGCCAGAAGGGAAGGCAGACAGUACUUGGAAGUGACGCCAGUGAUGUUGAAUAUGAAGACUUUUCAUCUGACAAGAUAAUUAAUAGUAUCGGGAAACGGCGUAAUGAUGAAGUUGAUUGCUUAUCCAAAGAAGCUUCCAAAGCAGUUGAGCAGAUUGAAUUGUGUAUAUCAGCAUUGCAUCUAGGAGUGGAUCACUUGAAUCAGUCUGAAGAGAGUCGAAAUUGUGUUCAAGAAAUUAACUCGGCUGGUCCUGCUUUGCAGACCGAAUGUGGUGCAUUGCCAACAGUUGGAGUAAGCCAAGGUGAAAAGAGCUUUAUGGCCAGGGAUAAUUUGCAGUUUCAAAGGGUUGAGGACUCAAUACGGUAUCUACUGCAUCAGGUGCCUAGCUUGACAGCAGAAAAGAUAAAUCUUCCAUAUUUGUCCUUAAGCCCGACUUCCAAGCCGGUUAGACCAACAAAAACCAUGUGGAGACAAUCAACAAGCAGUUUAAGCAGGGGUAGAGGCCUGGCUUUGCGAAAUCAUGUGUCAGGCCAAUUGGAAGAGUCAAUUGGACAAGGGAAGUUCCCUCCCAAGAAAAUGAAUGAGAUACAUGAUCAGAAUGCCAAAGGCAUUACUGACAAAAUUGGAUCACGAAACUGGAUAUCGACCUGUGAUUAUUUUGUUCCUGUCCCUGUUCAUAACGUUCAAAAUAUGAGUGUUGCGCUGGAUCCAAAUGAAACAUCAUGUAUAGCUCCUAGGUGGCCGACCACAUUUUCUUCUGCUUCAGAAAUGGAAAGGCCAUAUCAAAUCCACAUGGCUGUGGAGGAGGCAGGUGGUAGACGCAAACUAUUCCAAACAUAUAAGCCAUCGGACAGUUAUAUGAAUCUGAACAACAGUGAAAACAUUGGGUUUCUUGAUUCUCGCCUCAACGUUACUUCGACUUACCAUCCACCUAAGAUUAUUGGGGAUAGUCUACUAGAAAUGAAGCCCUGUCAGCUUUUACUGCGCCCAGGCUUCCAUGAAAAUCACUCAGAUGGACAAUGUAUGGAUGGAAUUCCAGAGAACAAACAUAAAAUGACUGCAGCAAGGAAAUCUUUGCAUCACCAAGAAUCAGAAGGUACUGAGUCGUACUCAUCGGACUGGAGAAGUCAGCAGACGCGCAGUCGUGAUAGUGGUAGUGAAAGUAACAGUGAUAGUGAAGAGUAUUCAUUACCAGAUGAGACUAGAGAGCUUCAGUAUGUGAAUUCAAGUAUGAACACUGAAAGCGGGGUUUCCCCGGUAUCAUAUGGAACUGGGAGCCAGUCUACCAGUCAUACAAGCAACACUGACAAUGAGUUUUAUUCAUCAACUAGUGGUGAUGAGGCUCCUGAAGCAACAUCCAGUAGUAGCAGCAAAAGCAAAGGGUACCCAUCAUGUGGUCAGCCAAUCUGCCGUCAUGCUGGACCGAAAUACUUACCGGGUCAUUCCACAUUAAAGAAAUCAGGUCGGGGCAGGAUCCACAUAUCAGCUAACGGCAUAAACCAUAAGAAAGAAAGCGGAAAGUGGAAGAGGCUGAAAGAUAAACUGGCAAUUAUUUUCCACCACCACCACCACCACCACCAGCAUCACCACCACCAUCAUGAUGAUGAAGAUGAUCAUGGCAAUGAUCAGAUGAAGAUGAGUGACAACACAUCUUUACAGAAGCACAAAGGGAAAAUUAUUAAUUUUAAACGAAAACACGAGGCAUAUGGGGAAAGGGCAAUUGAAAAGACCAGAAGGUCUUUGAUCCAUGACAAAAAUCAGCAAGGCAAUUUUCAUGGACUUAUGGAAGGCCUCCUGCGGCAUGUUCGACACUCAAAAAAGUCAAAACAGGGGAAAGAGACUGUUGGCCCUGUAGCUAAAGGCCAGCAUAAUAUGAGGAAGAAGACUUUGAAGAAGUCACACUGGUGGCAAUUGCUGCAACACCACAGAGGAGCACACUUGCCUAAUAAAACUCAUUUGAAGCUUGAACUAGAUAGGACGAAAAAGGCGCUCCCGAAGUUGAAAUGAGAUGAGCAACAUUUCCUCUAAAUAUAUUUAUAGAAAGCCAUCUUCGCUUUUCAACUGAGGUUGGUGAAGGUAUAUCACAAACCCAUAAAUGACAGAAGUUACGCACAUAUAAGAAGUGGAUUACUAUAUUUAUAAGUAAACACAUACCAUACCUUUCCAUGCAGAUGUAAGUUGAGCCCAUUAGCUACACCAACUUAUGGUAAAUCUUUUCAUAUUAUGCUGAAUUGCUCUGUAUGGAUCUUGUAGUCUGAUCAGCUGUUUAGUAGAAUCUCAGUUAAGUUUCUCUGUUUUCUCAGUCUUCCUCAUACUUUAAAAAGAAUUAAUUCUGAGAACAGGCUUGCUGGUUUGUUUAAGGCAAAUGGACGGCCCAGGGAAUCCAUCCACUAGCAUACCAGUUUAGAGAACAAGUUGGUUAUGGAAUGGAGAAGGAAUGGUACAAAUUGAUGAUGAUCGACUUAUUAGUUUUGUGAUCCAGCUUCAAUGGAAGCCAGAUAAUCGGUAUUUCAAAUAAGCUUAAUAGGAUACAUCUUUGAGGGUCUUUCUAAUGCACAUUCCAAAUUCAGUAAGCCAGUGUAGUUUUCUGAAAUCUGAAUAAUGGUCAAGGGUCAGUGGAGAAACAAUAUUAUCUAGAUAGGAUCAUGAUGUACAAGCAUUGAUUAAGUCGCGUAGACCGCAUGAUAAACAUGC